AGUCCUGGGUGGGGAGAACAAAUCAAGUCCCAUUAAAGAAAGUUUUGCAGAUUGAGGUGUUAGAUCUGCCAGGAGCUGUUCACCAUUACUGCCUGCAGCAUCAUUAACAAUAGUGGAUUGUCAACAAUGCAAGCAAGUCACAGUUCAGUCUUUCAUGCUUAACACAGUAGUUACAUAAGACAAGUGUAUAUUCCAGGUGAAUUUUGCUGGGAUUCAGUGUAGUGCAGUCCUCAGCUGUUGUACACAUUGUACAGCAAUUGCAAGAUAUGGAGUUAACAAGAUUGCUUCCAAACAGUAAAAUGUAUCUGGAGAACAAUAAUGAUGUCCCACGUGUAAGUAAAAUUGAGGUGGAGAAGAUUCAGUCCAGUGCUCAACACCACUCUGGCUUGAACGGAUGUGUGGGCACAGAUGCAGUGACCCUUGACCACAAUGAGCUCAUACUUCUGGACAGAUUUCAGAGAGCUGCAGAUGCUACAGGGAACUGGGAAAAGUCUUACCAGAAUGGGCAAGAAUGUUGUAUAGCCCUUGGGGAAGAUUAUGUCCCUACUCCUGUACAAGGAAGGUAUCCUUUUAAGCUGACCAAGGUAUUCAACCAGAUGAAAGACACUGUUUAUACAGAGAAAACACCUCUGUUAACAUUUUCUUCUGAAAAUAAAAGGCCAGAAUUUGUCUGCGGAGAAUCUUGGGAGAAUAGCUCUUCAGAAUUUGAACAGCGAUGCCGACUUGGUAGUGAAGUUGGAAGCCUUUCUCGAUCUGCAUCAUCAGAAAAAUAUGAACUCCUGGACAACCUUCAAGAGAAAUUCAGCUCUUCUAAACUAAGGUGUUUCUUAAAAAACUUGAAGAUUACCGGACUCUUCAUCAUUGUAGUUGCCUGCUCGAUUUUAUUUAGCACGUAUUCUGAUAAGGGCAGACCAUGGCAGAUGUUGGCCCUGUCAUCUUUGGAAAGCUACGCUGUGAACCUAACAGAUUUUCGGGAUGCUGCACUCCUAAAGCUGGAAGUCGAUGGACCCUUUGCUGGGGACUUGAUUGAUCGAAGAAAUGAAGAAUAUAUUCUUGUACAAAUUGUUCAGAUGGAUGAUCCUGGUUCAAGGAGGCGUCGCCCUACACAGGUUAUCUAUAACUGGACUCUAGCUUUGAACUCAAGAAAAAAUGAACACAUUGUAAAGCAAAGGACAUUUGAAAUUCUAAAUGGUGACUCGAUCUCGAUAAAUAUUCAAGCCUUUCUACAGGAGACUCCGCUCGUUCCACUAUCUUUAUCUCAUCAAUACCUCAGUGCGAGCAUAGAGACCCAAGUAACUAUUGCAGCCGUUAUCUUAGCAGGAGUUUAUGCACUAAUUAUAUUUGAGAUUGUGCACAGAACACUAGCAGCAAUGUUGGGCUCUUUGGCAGCACUGGCAGCUUUGGCAGCUGUGGGUGAUAGACCCAGUUUGGUGAAAGUGGUGGAGUGGAUUGAUUAUGAGACGCUGGCGCUUUUGUUUGGAAUGAUGAUAUUGGUGGCAGUGUUCUCAGAAACAGGAUUCUUUGAUUACUGUGCUGUUAAAGCUUACCGGCUCUCUAAGGGAAGAGUGUGGCCCAUGAUAAUAAUUCUUUGUCUUAUUGCUGCUAUUCUCUCUGCAUUCCUGGACAAUGUCACCACCAUGUUGCUUUUUACUCCAGUAACAAUAAGAUUGUGUGAGGUACUUAAUCUUGAUCCAAGGCAUGUGCUGAUUGCAGAAGUAAUCUUCACUAAUAUUGGAGGGGCAGCUACAGCUGUUGGGGAUCCACCCAAUGUUAUAAUUGUUUCCAAUCAAGAGCUGAGGAAAGUGGGAUUGGAUUUUGCUGGAUUUACAGGACAUAUGUUUCUUGGAAUCUCUCUGGUUCUUCUGGUUUCUUUCCCAUUUCUUAGACUCUUAUAUUGGAACAAAAAGCUGUACAAUAGGGAACCCAGUGACAUUGUUGAAUUAAAACAUGAAAUUCAUGUUUGGAAGUCAACUGCACAAAGAAUUAAUCCUGCUAGUCGUGAAGAGACUGCAGUUAAGUGUCUCCUAAUGCAAAAAGUUUUGACAUUGGAGAGCAUGUUGAGGAAAAAACUUAAAACGUUUCAAAGACAAAUUUCACAAGAAGACAAAAACUGGGAAACAAAUAUUCAAGAGCUACAAAAGAGACAUGGAAUAACCGACAAGAUUCUUCUAAUCAAGUGUUUGUCUGUCUUGGGAUUUGUCAUCUUUAUGUUUUUCCUCAAUUCAUUUGUUCCUGCAAUCCACUUGGAUCUUGGAUGGAUUGCAAUUUUGGGUUCACUAUGGCUCCUUGUUCUUGCUGAUAUCCAUGAUUUUGAAAUGAUUCUGCAUCGAGUGGAAUGGGCAACUCUACUGUUCUUUGCUGCACUGUUUGUUUUAAUGGAGGCAUUGGCUAAUCUGCAUUUAAUAGAUUACAUAGGAGAGCAGACAGCAGUGCUUAUUAAGGGAGUGCCUGAAGAUGAACGGCUUGCAAUUGCCAUUAUAUUGGUAGUGUGGGUUUCAGCUUUAGCUUCAUCCUUAAUUGACAACAUCCCAUUCACCACUGCAAUGAUUCCUGUGUUAAUAAACUUAAGCCAAGAUGCAGAUGUUGAUCUACCAGUUAAGCCACUUCUCUUUGCUUUAGCAAUUGGAGCUUGUUUUGGAGGAAAUGGAACAUUGAUCGGGGCAUCGGCAAACGUUGUAUGUGCUGGAAUAGCAGAACAACAUGGCUAUGGGUUUUCUUUCAUGGAAUUUUUCAGGUUGGGAUUCCCCAUGAUGAUUAUCUCCACUACGAUUGGGAUGUGUUAUCUACUGGUUGCGCACGUUGUGUUUGAGUGGAAUUCGUGAAUCGCAAACAUAGAGCAGUAACCCCAACUAUAUUUUCCAGAUGCUCUUGAGUGCCACAAGAAAGCAACAAAUGAACAAUACAGUCUGGCUUUUUUAUUUGGUGACCCACUUGGAUACGUCAGAUGCACAUAUAUGUCAAUUGUUAUCCAUUUGUGUAUUGUGAUAUAAAUUUGAUGUAUAAGUGCUGACAGGCAGGCCAUCCCUGGCUAUUUACUGUAUGUUAGAAAACUGUAUUACCCAACUGUGUAUUUCUAAUAGGGUUAGUUUUGCCCUAACUGUCAUACAUGUUUGUGAAUUGUAUUGGCCAGCAUAGGUAGUAUAGAUCUACUAUACUCUCUCCUCCACUGAAAAUAACUACUGCCCCAUUUAUGGUUAUGCCACUAUAGGCUUCUCUUUUUACGGGGCAGUGAAUAUUUCUUUGCAUUCACAGAAUACGCACUCAAUAUGGUAUUUUUUUUUUUUACCAUGGUGCUUUUGAUGUGCAGUAUAUGUUUGAACUGUACUAAAAGACUGAAAUGUUAAAAAGUGAAACAAUGUGUUUCUAAAAAUAAACUCAACUUAACAAAGCGAA